AUGAACACUUCCAACGAACCGAAGCGUAGGGUCCAGGAUGACGCUCGAUAUGAGCCCGAAGGCAAGCGUCUCAAGCCUACGAUGGUCGCGGACACAGAGACCGUGACGGCCAUCGAUGACACCCCUCUUGCUAUGGACCCCGAUAACCGAACAGGGGCAGAGAUGGAGAGAAUGGUUGUCACCGAAAGCGACGUCGCCUCUACAAUAACCGCCCAUGGCAGUCUUGUUGCCACCAAAGUGGGCGAAACUAAGGAGAGCUUUCCGUUCCUGUCCCUGCCCGCCGAGCUCCGUCUGUUGACCUACACCCAUCUCUUCAAGUUCGAGCGGAAGGUGUGCCCCCACAAAGAAUACAUCAAGGAUUAUCGCCAGGGCUAUUUCGUGGAGCGUGGCCCUCUCAACCUUGCCCUCGCCAUGAUGUGCACCAACAAGCAGCUGGCGGUGGAAGUGGCGGCCGUUCUGUACGGCCACAACGGAUUCCUUCUAAGAGUAUACGACGGCUUUUGGUUCAAGCGCAUUGGCCAAAAGAAUUCGAGGCUCAUACGGCACGUCCUCGUCGAUUGCGCGGGCCACCUCGACUUGACUGCGAGGCAGCUAUACUCGAUGGUCACCAAGGCAUGGGAGUGCGCUUCCGAAGGUCUCCGCAUGCUGACCUUCCACGACCGCUGGGUCGAAGUUGACCGAGGUUUCCUUCCCCGCCUACUUUUGGACAUGGGUGCAAAGCGGCCGUGGAAAAUGUUUCCGAAGCUCGAGAGGAUUAAUAUCAUCCUCCGCACCAACCACAUUAUUUCCCCACGCGACAGAGAGCAUAUGGAGAAGCUUUGCGUGGAGAGCAAAUUGAACAUCGCGGUGAAGUUCGAAUCCUGUCGAUGGUGUCAUGCAAAGUUAACAUACCGCUUGUGUCCUACGCGCAUCACCGGGCCGGCAUCGACCACUGAGGAGGCGGAGAAAGACCUUGCCUUCAAGCAUAGAAAAGGGGAGGAGAGGCACAAGGCCCGGUUGGAGGAGAACGUAAAGGCUUAA